AUGUCGAGCAUUAUACCCGUCGAUUUGCUGUCCUAUGCGACAAAUCCGUCGUACCUCUCCACCUUAGUCACGACCAAUGUCUCCAACCCAACGGCCAUCAAUCUCCUCGCCUACGACCAAAGUUUCGCGUCUGUGCUCGGAGAAAACGCGACGGCAAGGCAAUUGUACGACCUAGAUCAUCAAGCCUUCCACGAAGGCGGUGUGUACAACAAAGAUGCCAACAAACUAUACGUAACGAGCAACUGGGCCAAAGACCUCAACAACCCCAUCAACGUCACCAUCAUCGACCUUGCAAACAACUACUCCUACACCACAACGCGCUACUCCAACCUCGCCGAAGCAAACGGUCUAACGUCCUACUACCCCCCUGGAACCCAAAGCAACAGCUCAACCCCACCGCGCGUCCUCUACGCCGACGAGGGCGACUUGAUCAACCCCGCCGGCCUCGUUUCUGUCGACCCCGUAACCGGUGCCUCAGAACGCAUUCUCACCAGCUACCUCGGCCGAAACUUCAGCUCCAUCAACGACGUGCGCCAACACCCUGUAACAGGUGAUCUCUGGUUCACAGACGCGGAUUACGGCUACUUCCAAAACUUCCGCCCUGCGCCUACCAUCCCAAAGCAAGUCUACCGCUUCAACCCUGCUACGGGUGAAAUCGCGGUUGUAGCAACCGACUUUGUGCAAUGUAAUGGCCUGGAGUUCAGCCCUGAUCUAAAGACUUUGUAUGUUUCCGACACUGGUGCCGUGGGUUUCGAUAGGAAUCUUACACGCCCGGCUACGCUUUACGCAUUCGAUGUUACCGCGGAUCACAAGAGGUUGACUGGGAGACGCGUGUUCGCAUAUGCGGAUAACGGUUUCCCAGAUGGCGUUCACUGCGAUACUGAUGGUAACGUUUGGGCUGGAUGUGGCGAUGGUAUCCAUGUCUGGGACCCAGCUGGUAAAUUACUGGGGAAGAUCUGGACCGGGGUUGAAACGAACAAUUUCGCCUUCUUGCCCGGGGCGGUGUUGGUGUUUACUAAUGCGCAGCUUUGGAUUGUGGAGAAUCUGAAGGCGAUGGGCAGGGAGGUUAAGAAGGAUUGGGGACUUUAA